AUCUUAAGCGAAGGGGCGUGUGUCGAUCAGCUGAGGCAGACUAUAUAAACAGUGGAGCCAUCUGCUCGAGCACAUCGGUUGUUUCUCCCUCACCUCGGACUGCAGCUCUCCACAAGAAUCUGAUAAAGUUAUUACAAGAUCUCUUCCAUGAUGAAUUUAAACAUCGUUAUGCUGGACGGGACGUCCCACAACAUGAGUGUGGACCACCAGGACACGGUGGGCUCUCUGAAAACACGGAUCCAGCAGAAACUGGGAGUCGCCUACGAGACCCAGAAGCUGGUCUUCACAAACGGCAACAGCACCCCCCUCAACGACGACUCCAAGCCCAUCAGCCACUACGGCUUGGGCCCCGGGGCCCGGGUGUCCCUGCUGGUGACCCAGCCUGAGACCAUCCAGGUGUUCCUCAGAAACGAAAAGGGGAAGUUGACCACCUAUGACAUCAAACCCAGCGAGACCGUGGGCCACUUCAAGAGGCGGGUGAAGGCCAGAGAGGGGGUCCCAGAGAACCAGCAGAGGCUCAUUCACCAGAGCAGAGAGAUGUCGCAGGACCAGAGUAAACUGUCAGACUACGGCGUCCAGGCGACGAGCACCAUCGACCUGUCUUUACGCCUGAGAGGAGGUUGAGGACACUUGUGGUUCACAUAUUUUCAGUUACUUUUCUUAACAUUCCUGCCUUGGAUUUAAAUGAAACAUCGAACUUGAAAUUGCUUUUAGUUUUAAUUUAUUUGUAUUGCAUUCCUCAAUGUAGGCUGCUGUAUUCUGUAACAUCUCAGGCACGUGUUUAGGCUUUAUUUGUUUUUUGGCAGUUCAAAUGUAUUAUACACACAGCAUUAUGAUCACUAGAUACUGUUAAAAACUAAUAAAAAUGACUUUUAAAUGUCUCCUUACGCGUUUCCUGCCUAUCAUUUUCUCUGCUCAGGGGGUGGAGCUGUACUCUGUACAGAACAAAAUCAGAAGAAGAUUUUUUUAAAUUCACAUUAUUUCAGUUAAUAAGACUCUGGGAGUCCCAGAGAACCAGCAGAGGCUCAUUCACCAGAGCAGAGAGAUGUCGCAGGACCAGAGUAAACUGUCAGACUACGGCGUCCAGGCGACGAGCACCAUCGACCUGUCUUUACGCCUGGGAGGAGGUUGAGGACACUUGUGGUUCACAUAUUUUCAGUUACUUUUCUUAACAUUCCUGCCUUGGAUUUAAAUGAAACAUCGAACUUGAAAUUGCUUUUAGUUUUAAUUUAUUUGUAUUGCAUUCCUCAAUGUAGGCUGCUGUAUUCUGUAACAUCUCAGGCACGUGUUUAGGCUUUAUUUGUUUUUUGGCAGUUCAAAUGUAUUAUACACACAGCAUUAUGAACAGUGGAUAUUGUUAAAAACUAAUAAAAAUGACUUUUAAAUGUC